ACGGCACGAUGGACAGCGCCCAACGGAGGGUCGUCCAUAGCAUUUUAAGGCGCUCAGGCUGGGGUGAGCGGGUGUCAUGCCAUAGUGUCCGCUGAGGAGACUCUCCAGGGCGUGUGGAACAGACGUUUGAUCUCUCUCCUCCGCCAAGGCAGAAUCAGCCCCUUGCUGGUACUGUUGAGCGCUCCCACCACCACCAGUAAGACUUGCCCUGCUUUUAAAGCACAGCGGGGUGUCGAGCUGGAAAGGACAGCCGAGACUACACAGAACAGACCGAGAGACUUUGCAGCCCCAAGACCCAUCCAGCAGGUUGUAUUUUGCCUGCCCCUCCCAGGGGUUGCCGUGGGAACGCCCAUGGGGACACUGGCUGCAUGUUACAUGUAUGACAUCAGUGUUAGCAAAGGAAGUGAGCCCAGGACCCAGACCCAUGGCAAGCACAGAGCGUUAUGUCCCUCCUUUUACUUCUAAGUGGGGGGGUCCUACCUGCUGCCCAUGCUCUCCCCACCCAGGGAGAGGCCUGGACCAAAGGAGUAGCUUUUUCCAGGUUCUUGAUCCAUACGGGUCCUGCUGGACCCACUCUCCUCUAGGCUAUGGCACCAGCCCCUCCCUGCUGAUUCACCUGGCUGAUUUCAUAAGGCUGGCAGACGGAGGGAGCUGCUGCCAGGAAUCCCAUCGGCUGGUUGAGAGUGCUGUAAUAACAACACCACUGAAUUGUGCAUUGAGUGGAAAUGUCUUGAAACAGGCUGCUCAGAGCAAGGCCGCAGCUUCCCCACAGCAUGCCAUGGCUGGGGCAUUAACAGUGCAAUGGACCUCUGAGCCAGGGCUUACAGAUUCCCAGGUGGGCCUGGAAGGACAGGCCCUGCGCCUGGAGCCCCUCCCUCAGCCUAACUUUUUUUUUCCCUAGGGUUAGCAACUGGGGAAAAAUUUCCUGAUCCCACAGGUAUUUUCUGCUUGCUCAACAGACUUGUGCGCUGCUGUCUCUUCUGUUUGAUUGCCGUUUUGCUGGGCAGGAAGUUGCUUUGAAACUGCUGGUACUGGAGGUGAAGUGUCUUCCUUGCAGCAAGGCAGUGGUUAAGGCUAAGCAGAGCUUUCUGUUUAGAGCUUGUCAGAGUGCUCUGAAAGCCGCAUGUUUACUCCGAGGGGCUUGAAAUGUGCUGUCCUGAAAUGAGACCCAGGGGAGGAGUAGAAGAUCCAGUUUGAGAAGGGUUCCCCAGAUACAGCUCACUAAUAUAACCACAUGACACUACUAAUGUGGUUCUUGUAACUUCUCAUGCAUGUAUUGCACUGAAGGCAGCUGCAACCUGCUGGGACGGGCAGUGCUGGAGGAGCACAAGGCAUUGGGUGUAGCGCCCAGCCCACUAGUUUACCUCACCAGCAUAACUCUCGUGAUUCUUCCCCCACGUGUGUGGGUAUAACAAGCGUCUCUGGGGACACUGAAUGGGGACGACAGGGUCUGGUUUAAACAUUAAGUAUGUAACUGAAAAUCAGCUGUAAAGUUGAGAGUCCACACUGGGAGGGAGCAGAGCACGUGGUUUCAGUGGUAACCUCUGUAGUAACUUUGAGAGAGUUGAAGUGGCAGGAAGGAAGUCAGAUUGCAAUCAGGCUGAGGUGAUGAGUUUCUCCUUGCCUAGGUUAGCAGUGAAUGCUUAUAUGCCAUUGAAAAUCCCACAGCCCAUUCUAGCUGCACCCCACCCCGCCCCCUGUUAGUGAGAUGUGACAUCUUUCUAUGCUGAACUGUGGCAGAAGACGUGCUCUGAACCUCUUGACUUGCUCACUGUGCACAGUCCUGGAAAUCAUUCAUCAUUUCACCCCAGCCAGCUUUUCAUGAACCCCAGCCGAAACCUGAUGCACUGAGCAGUGAGUGCUUCCUUCUGGCCUUAUGUUGGAGAAGGGAAUUGGAAAUGAUGCCAGGAUCCAACAAUAGAUAGGAGUUUCCUUGGGGAGUUUGAGGAUUUUUUUCCUUGCAAUUCCCUUACUGGGCUACCCAGUGGGUUCAACUUCUGUCAGUUUUCCAGCACUGGUCAGGGCUGAUUACACAAAGCUGCCUCUCUGCUAUGAGACCUCAGUACAACUCCUUGUGAUUUGUGAUGUUAUAUGGCUUAAAGGUCAAACCUUCAAGUUGAAACCUGAGAGCCACAGAUUCAAAUCCCAUAUAGCCUAGCUACAGGAUGGCCUCAUAGGUAGAAUGGGACUUAGGCAAACUGUAUUCUUUUCCUGACUUUGCCUGUUAGGGAACCUCAACAAAUCAUUUUGCCUCUUUAUGUCUUGAUUUUUCCCUGUGUAUGAUGGGAACAUUGAUUAACCUGGCUGAAAAUCCUUUGAUUCAGUUUGUCACUGAAAACUAUUCAUUUGUCAAAACUGAAAGUGUUCACAACACUGAACCUCGUGACUCGAAAACUUUGGUGGGAGAAAGGGAUAAAUAUUUUGGAGUUGUCAAAAAAAUCUGUUUUUAAAGCUUGAAUUUCUCCUCUUCCCCGAGACAAAAGCAUUCUUCAUUUAGAAAUGUUUGCUGAGGUAGACUAAAGGAUUUUAAAAAAGAAAAAAUGGGCAAAAUCCAAGGGGAGCCUCUAGGAAUUACCCAAGCAAAAUAUUUUGAUUUGAUCCAAAUCUGAUUUUUUUUUUUUUAAUUUAAUUGUUGGUAUCUAGAAGCUUUUUUGGUUCUUGCCCCUUUGGCUUGAACAUGUUGCUCUUUUGAUACCUGUAAACAGGACAAGCUAAUCAUUUCCUGCCCAGUUCUUAGAUACCCAUUCCUCCUUCGAAAAAGCACUUUGAGUUUUGCUGAUAAAGAGAGCAGUCUAAGAGCUUCUGGUAUUGUGUUUGUCAUUCUGAACUCUGCUGCUCACAACCAUUUCCCAGUGGAGACAAGGUCAUCAUGUGGACCCUGUUCUGGAAACCUUGUUUUCAGUGCACUGAUUUCAAGGAAUCUUUAUUUCAUCUAUGACUUUUCAGGACAGCAGCAAGCCUCUAAGAUACUGGAUCAAACAGAAAGACAGACAAAAAACUAGAACUCUUGGUUCCAAAAUGAUACCUUUUAUUAGACAAAAAAGAUAUCAUUUUGGAACCAGGAGUUCUAGUUUUUUGUCUGUCUUUCUGUCUCAGACCAACACAGCUAUCAAGUACACCCCUAGAUCAAACAAAACACGCACGAUGGGCUGGCCAACGAUAUGCAGAGACAACAUUGUACAACAACCCUUCAGAAGCACUGCACCUCAGGAAGUGUUGGGUGUGUCCAGCUCAGUGGACCAUUGAUUACAUCUCCUGAGUGAUUCUGAAAUGGUAUCAGCACUGAGGUCUUUAAUAAGUUUAUUGAAAUAGGGAAUAACUAGGCUGCAAGGUGAAUGCCUUGUCAUGUAUACAGCCCUUAUCUCUGUGCUAUUGUGUCUAGCUGCCAGACUGCUGUAGGGCAGUUGUGCUUUGAUUACACUGAAUAAGUGCUGUGUCCAUACUAACUGAGAGAGCCUGGGGCUUCUCUGCGUGGGGGGUUAAUUAACAGAAUAGUUAUUUCAGAGGAGAUCCAUCCUGGAGUAAUUAACAUGCUUCAAAGCAGAGGAAGUGUUUUUGAAUUAAAUCAUUAUUAGUCCAGAAUAGUUCUUGCUUUGUUGGAGAAUAUGGAUGAAUAUUCCAAGGACAUUAGGUACUGCCUCUGGCACAGCAGCUUUGCUGGAGGAUUACUGGUCCACAUUUGGCCAUUGCAACUGGCGUCCCAUUUUAAGAUCCUCAAAUGUGUAUACCUGCUGCCACCACUGUAAAGGUCAGAUGCCAUGUUGAUGAGCACAACCCAAAUACACAGCAUUGCCUCCUCACCUUAUGUCAUCAGGAAGCUGACAAAGAGGUUGGGCAAGAUUGCAAGGCCCAUCUGAGGUGUAGGGGAAGGAGGAAUGUAUGUUGAUACCCGGGAGAGCAGCUUGAGGUGGGAAUACUUUGGGUCCCAUCAAACUUUGUCCUGGUAGGGCUUUGGUCAGUAUGCCCUGCUGAGCUGUGGCAUUCAUGCCUCUGUGUAGUUAUGGCUCAUGGCUGGUUCAGAAAUCUGGGUGGGAGGUGGAGGAACCUUGCUGUGAACCUCCAGGUGUAGACAAGGGACACUGCAGGGGGAACUGCCAAAGUCCUGGCUGGGAACAGUACCCUGAGGUCCAACUCCAGCCCCUGAGUCUGUGCUGCCUGAAGGAAUGAGACCCCUCAGGCAUGCUACAAAGGAGCAGGCCCUGGAUGAUGGACCAUCAUUCCUCUCUCUGCUUUCCCCUUGUCUGUUUAGGUUAUAAGGUCUUUGAGGCAGGGCUGAUUCUCUUCUCUUUUUUGGUGCUGUGGCUGGCGUAGUAGGGCUCCACUUUGGUUUGGGGCCUGUGGUUGCUAUUGUAACACAAACAAUACCUAGCUCUUAUGUAUCGCAUGUUGGGUCACUGUCAUUAUCCCCAUGUUACAGGUGGAAAACCUGAGGCACAGGGCAGUGAAGUGACUUGCACAGGGCAGUGAAAUGACUUGCUCAAGGCUGCUCAGCAGGUCCAUGGUGAAGUUGGGAAGAGAACCCAGGUCUUUCAAGUCUCUGUCUAGUGCUUUGCUCACUAAGCCCCACUGCCUUCUAAUGAUAACCCUGAGACUGGGCAACCCUUGGCUCAGCAUGUGCCACUCAGCAUGCUGGGAGGUGCGGAAGCAGAACAGCUCGCAGUGGUGCUCCUUCAUCCGCACCAACCCUGACUGCCAAAUUGAUGGUGGCUUCCUCGACUACCUGGAUGGGGUCUUCUGUGUCUUCCCCUCAACACUUCUACCGCUGGCCGUGACGCUCUAUGCGAUGUGGCUGCUGUAUCUCUUCAUCAUCCUCGGAGUGACGGCUGAGAAGUUCUUUUGCCCCAAUCUAUCGGCCAUCUCCACCAACUUGAGGCUGUCCCACAAUGUAGCAGGCGUCACUUUCCUCGCCUUUGGGAAUGGCGCUCCAGAUGUCUUCAGUGCUGUGGUGGCCUUUUCUGACCCCAGGACUGCGGGGCUGGCAAUCGGGGCCCUCUUUGGUGCUGGCAUCUUCGUGACCACCGUGCUGGCUGGUGGGAUUGCCCUGGUGAAGCCCUUCACAGCAGCCUCCCGGCCAUUCCUCAGGGAUGCCAUCUUCUACAUGGUGGCUGUCUUUGUGACCUUCUUAGCACUUUACUUUGGGAGCAUUUCCCUGCCUUGGGCUCUUGGCUACCUCGGGCUGUACAUAUUCUAUGUCUGCACUGUGGUGAUCUGCACCUGGAUCCACCGGAGACAGCGAAGGGAAGGGUCAUCCACUUCCAGUUCCAGAGAACCAGAGCUUGUGACAGAGUCUGAAAAUGGUGGUUCCACCUCAAGCAUGAACGGUGCAGAUUUUGGUGAAGAAUAUCGACCCCUGCUCCCACAUGAGGAGAAAACGCUCCACAUCCUGACCAAAUCCCUGAAUACCCUGGAUUACAGAAAGUGGAGGAGGAAGCCCUGUUGCUGGAGACUCUUCGAAGUUUUUAAGAUGCCGAUUGAAUUUGUGCUGCUGCUCACCGUUCCCAUCGUGGACCCUGACAAGGAGGACCGGAACUGGAAGAGACCGCUCAACUGCCUGCAUCUAAUCACCAGUCCCCUGGUCUGCAUCCUCACACUGAAAUCCGGUGCCUAUGGACUGUACAAAAUCCAGGGUGUCUUCCCCAUCUGGGGCAUGGUGAUCCUGACUGGGGCUUUCCUGGCCCUUGUCAUCUUCUUCACUACAAAGAACAGGGAACCACCCAAGUACCACUGUCUCUUUGCCUUCCUGGGUUUCUUGGCCAGUGCCAUGUGGAUUAAAGCUGCUGCUACUGAGGUAGUCAACAUCCUACGGACCCUGGGUGUGAUCUUCCAGCUGAGCAACACUGUGCUGGGCCUGACACUGCUGGCCUGGGGGAACAGCAUCGGUGACACGUUCUCAGACCUCACCAUGGCGCGGCAAGGAUAUCCCCGCAUGGCUUUCUCUGCCUGCUUUGGGGGCAUCAUCUUCAAUAUCCUGGUUGGAGUGGGGUUGGGCUGCUUACUGCAGAUGACAAGCAGCCAGUCUGUGGUAAAGCUGGAGCCAGAUGGCCUUCUAAUGUGGAUCCUGGCUGGGGCGCUGGGGCUUAGCUUAGUAUUUUCCUUUGUGUCAGUGCCAGCACAGUGCUUCCACCUGGGCAAAGCAUACGGCAUCUGCCUCCUCAUCUACUACCUGGCUUUCCUCACUGUGGCUUUGCUGACAGAAUUCAAGGUGAUUGAGCUUACCACCCUCUGAAAGCAGUGCUGUGAGAGGAUGUCCAGUCACUUGAUACCACCUACAAUGAGGAGCUUGGGAUGAGUUUCAGAGCUCGCAGGUCUCAGACCGAGUUGCUAGUCAUGAAGAAGCAAGAUCUGGAGGUGGGGAAGUCCAGUCCUUGUGCUGCCAUUGCCGGAUGCUCAACUGGCAAGUGUUUUGACAUUCCCUGGCUGGACCCAUUCAGUUCCUUCUCCAAAUCACUGAAGGACACCCCACCCGAAGAGGACUCGGACCAAGUAACCUAUCUUCCUUGUGAACACACCACCAAACCUAGCAUUCAUUUUCCUAUCCUGAAGGCAUUACGACAAUCUGAAUUUACUGCUAAGAUGUAGCACGCUUUGGAUGUUAAGCCAGAAACAACCCUUCCACCCCGGGGAACUAGAAGCUGAUUCAGCAGGGGAAAACAAAACAAUGCUGCUCAAUCCACACAUCCUCCAGCUCAGGGGCUGCCCAACCAAAUAAGAACUGGGAACCACAUGUCAAGCCAUCUCGCUGGCACUCCAGUCAGUAUUAAUUGUUCCCAUUCAUUUUUUAUGGAAAGGGAUUGGUCAGAAUAGGAACCAUUUUUAAAGAGACUGUUUUAAAAGGAAGGUUUUGAACAGGGAUCAUUUUUAAAUGACUGUGGUCCUCAGAGGAAUUUUGCAACUGCACAGAAAGGAGUUUUACACACAGGAAAAUUACGUUUUUAUAGUUUUUUAUUCCUUCCAUUGAUUUUAUUUCCUCCUUCCCUUUAAUACCUCACUCCAGCUUCCCCUGUGGAGAACAAAGCAAUCAGUAUUCACUUCACGAUAAUGCAAACUUGUGAAAUAACUGUUUCAGUGCAACUUUGGGCAUGUUUUCACUAUACAAAGGGUAUGUUCUUAACUUGGGUUAAAACAGCAGCAAAGAAAGUAACGUGGAAUUAGGCACUUGAGUUCCCAUUCAGGAUCCCCGGUAUGUCAAUGUGAAUAUUUUCUCUAUGGGGAAAUACUUGGUACUCUAUUGGUUUACACACACAACCUUUUUGCCUUUGGAAUCCGAGGCUCAGAUGCUGUAUGAAAAAGUCAAAUAAAACACAAGUCAGUGAUCUUUACCUGGUGUCCAGUGCUAAUACAGUGUAUAGCACAAUGGACUCUUGGUCCAUGACAGGGGUCUUCUAGCAGUCACCGCAGUACAAAUAAUACUGAAUAAACAGGGUUCAUCCAU